GGAGAGUUAGACUACUCUCUGGAAUGGAAUUAAUAGUGCGCGCGCGAGAGAAAAUUUAAUGUGCGCGUGUAUGAGUUAAUGUGCUGAAAACUAAUAUUUGUAAAAGAAGAAGCACCACGCUCGUUGUUGACGCUGACAUAGCGACGUCGGGUUAAAUAAUAUAUGAUUUUCGCGUAUAUAAAUCGCUAUUUUUUUUCCAAAUUACUGUUAUUUUUUAUCGUUUAGAGUGGUGAUAAUUUAUGUAUUUGUAACGAAUUUUCUAAGAUUUUGGAAAAUUGAAAACACAAAAAGUUGCAAAACUGUGUUUAUCGUCGUAGUCUGGCACUCGAAAGCAUCAAUAAACCCCACACCCAUCGUUUCAAUGAACAAUAGCUGCGGCAACUACUACGGGGAAAGCUGAAAACGAUGACCAAGAAAAUCCAUACAACUUUAUCAUAAUUUGGUUAAAUAAAUGAAAUAAAAAGAGACUGCAAUAAGGAACAAUUAUUUGAGGAAUCAACAAAAGGAGAAAGGAAGGAAGACUUAAUUUUUCUAGUAUUUGGAAUGAACUACAUACAUACAGUCAAAAGAUUUACUUCAGUAUAAUAUUAGAAAGCCAAAAGCUUUUAAACACGUAUCACUGAGACCCAAGCAAGUGGCAAUUCAACAGAGCAAACAUCUAACAAUUUAUAACGAAUAUUUGUCCUCGCAUUGAAUAAAGACAUCUUAUUCAAAUUUUCAAAAUUUGUGACAAGCGCAUGAAAAAGUAACCAUACUUACAAACAAAUAAUAUGAUAAGAAAAGCAAGCUAAAUAAACAGCUUCCAAGCAUAUCAACCGAACUACACUGCAUAUUUGACAAAAAAAAUAGAAACCUAGGAAGUGACCUAGUCUAGUAAAGGCAAGUGAUAAGCGAAAGGUCGAAUAAAACUACAAAAAAACGAGAGCAGUCACGAGGACUGAGCAAAUGUAUAUCACUAAUAGCAGCAACAUUGGUAUGGCCACGUUGUUGCAACAGAAUAAGGCUACUUGCAUGAAGACUCUUAUCAAUGGCGGUGGUAAUGGCAGCAGUAACGGCAAUCCGGGAAGCAACGUCAACAACACAGGUAUAGUUGUUGGUAGUCUCGUGAGUGGUGUUGGGGCCGGAACAUCUCAGGUCGGUGGUGCAAGUCUUGCAACUGUCGUUGGUGCCAGUGGGGCGUCAAAUAUUGGUGGUCUUGGUGCUAGCGGUGUUGGAAGUAACAUAGUGUUGUCCACAGGACAGGCCAUUGUUCUGACAAAUGGUGCAACCGGUGCUAGUAGUAUCAUAAACUAUCAACAGUAUCAACAGUUGUUGCAACAACAGCACCAGCACCAGCAGCAACAACAACAACAGCAACAAAUAAACUCAACAAGUUCGGGUCUCAGUACAGUUGCCACUACCACUACAGCAUCGGGUGCCCGGGUUUUAAUGCCGCACGAAAUGGUUACGCUUCCGAUUAGUAGUAUUGUAACGACGAGCGGUGGCGGCUUAGCACUGAUAACCAGCGCCAACACAGGUGGAGGAAGUGGCACGCCGACGCAAGGACAUUUCUUGGUGGCAGCAACUGCCAGUCCCGCGGUGCAUCCCAUCCAAACGACCACGAUGGUCUCUACUGGCGGUAGUAUUAGUAGCUUCCAGCAACAAUUCCAACAGCAAAUAGCCGCACAACAAUCAACUACGAGCAACAAUGUAGUGACAUCUGCUCCAACUAGCCGUGCAACAACUACAAUUUAUACUCAACAUCCAACCACUUCAGGCAUUGUCUCAACAGUGCCUACAACACGUUAUUUUUUCGCAAUUCAGCAAUCAGCAACAACCAACGUCCAGCAUAAGUACCGGGACUACCACAUCAACAAUUGUUGCCACAAAAGCUACUGGCAACCGAACUACUCA